GACAACAACAAACAUGGCUCUCCGCAGGUGGUGUUUCUGGUGGUAAUUCAUAAAUUGUUGACUUUACUCCGCUUUAAAUCGUAUUUUGUGAAAUAUAAUUUAUUGGUUACAGUUAUCGGUCGUUGAUAUAUUAUACAGUAGUGCCGAUGAAGGAAGAAAUUGAUUGGAAAAUGUCAGAUCCAAGCUUAGAAGAAGAGAAACUUCAGGAACUGUAUGCCUGGAUCGAUAAUAUCCAUCUCUCCCGUCCAAAACGCAGUAUCACCCGUGACUUUAGUGAUGGAGUUUUAACAGCAGAAGUUGUUGCCAAUUUUCUUCCGAAGUUAGUGGAGCUUCACAACUAUACCCCAGCCAAUUCAACUCAACAAAAACAAAACAACUGGGGAACACUGAACAGAAAAGUGUUCUCAAAACUAAAUUUUCAUGUUCCUGAAAAUGUCAUAAGAGGAGUGAUCAUGUGCAAACAGGGCCUAAUAGAAAUGUUACUAUGGCAACUCAAGUUAAAAAUUGAGAAUUUUAUCCGGAAAAGAAACUCCGGUGUUAGUAAGAUGAGCCCAGAUAGUUAUGAUAUGAUAUCAGAUAGAUCAGAUAAAGGCCACCAUAAAGUAGGAAAAUAUCCUGGAUCAGUUCCCAAAGGACCAGGAACAUUGCCAAAUGCCACAAAUGCUGCCAGAAGUCGUUCCCUGCAAAAUGUAAAUUUAGAACCAUUGAGUUCUGAAGCCAGAUACCUCAUAGAAGAAAAGGAACAAGCUCUGCUUGUCUCUCAAGAAACGGUGCAAAUACUACAAGCGAAGAUUCGACGGUUAGAACAUUUAUUACAGUUAAAAGACAUCCGCAUCGAGGAACUUGGCAAAAAAAUACACCAAAUGGAAGGCAGAUAUUAAUUCAAGAAACAUGAGUCAUGUAUGUUGUCAUGGAUAUGUAACUUUAGCCAGGCUCCCAUUUUCUCAAAGACUAUAAAUGACAGAACUUGACACUACAUUCCAAGACUUCUCUCAUAUGAACCACCAUCAGCACUUGAGGAGAAAGACGUAAUUUGUAGACAGCCACUGUUCCAGCCAGUACAUCCUAGACGCCUUAAGUUUCUUAUUAUUUAUUACCUUAGUAAUUUAUACACAUCAUUUGUAAAUAUUUAUGAUCCAACGAUGACUGAAAUUCUGAUGGGAAAAGGAUGUCAAUCACCAAAUGAUAUUGUGUGCUGUUCCAGCCAAGGAUUUCAUGAGUUUAUGUCGAUGAGAACCCCCCCAGUAUUAUUUACCCUGUAAUUGAAACACAUUUAUCAGAAUGAGGACAAACUGUCUGUCGUCGAAUCUGGAAAACACUAAUAAAUAUGUUGAAUAUUUAGAAUGUCAAAUAGUGGGGACAAAAAUAAAUGUUUCCACUAAAGCCAGUUUCUUGGAUAUUGUUGCUUAAAUGUAAACGUAUGUAAACACGUGCAUUGAUGGGACAACACGUGUAUUUGGGGGACAGGCGUGUGUUCCUGGCCCUUUUCUGAUUGGUCAGUUGUUAAAUUUAAUUGAUACUCUUGAAAAUGGUCAACUGCUAAUGUACAGGUUUCUUACUGCAAUGACCUUGAUCUAUUCGCAACUUUAAGUCACAGCUUAAGACCUAUUUGUUUUCUGGUGGCUUUUCACAUGUUUUGCGCCUUUGAUCUUGUUUGGAAUUGGUGCCAUAUAAAUUCGAGAUAUUAUGAUUAUAUUAUUAUUGAAAUUAAUGAACAGUAAUGAACAGCCAAUUUAAAGGUCUAUGCUAAGAAUAGUAAGAACUGUAAACACUGUAUUUAUAUUAGUAUAUUAUAUGUUAAUUAUUAUUAUUAUUAUUAUUUUUCUGUUUGAAUCCAAUUCUAAGCAUAUUAAUUAAAUCUACAAAGUAAGAA